AUCCUAAACAACCGAGGGGACGAACCCGGAAGCGAGAUCUGCGGCGGUGAUUUUCCCUGCUAUAAGAUCUUGAUGAAUAAAAUGAAAUAGACAUAAUUCAUCUCUAGAAAGAUUAUUCAUACCCUGGAAUUUGAAAUGCUUUUUAUUUAGAAUAACAGUAAGAAUGGAAAAAGAAAAAGUAAAUGAUGAUGGAAAACGAGACUCAGAGAAUUCCUUGGACUUUUCUGAACACUUUAACCAACUUGAAUUGUUGGAGACACAUGGACACCUUAUUCCCACUGGUACUCAAAGUCUCUGGGUAGGCAAUUCUGAUGAAGAUGAGGAACAAGAUGAAAAAAAUGAAGAAUGGUAUCAAUUGCAAGAAAAAAAAAUGGAAAAAGAUCCAAGCAAAUUGCUUCUUUGGGCUGCUGAAAAAAAUCGGCUUACUACAGUGCGGAAACUACUUUCUGAAAAGGCCACUGACGUGAACACUAGGGAUGAAGAUGAGUAUACCCCUCUUCAUCGAGCAGCCUACAGUGGACACUUGGAUAUUGUCCGUGAGCUGAUUGCACAAGGAGCAGAUGUUCACGCAGUGACUGUGGAUGGCUGGACCCCCCUGCACAGUGCUUGUAAGUGGAAUAACACCAGAGUGGCUUCUUUCUUACUUCAGCAUGAUGCAGACAUCAAUGCCCAAACAAAAGGCCUCUUGACCCCCUUGCAUCUUGCCGCUGGGAACAGAGACAGCAAAGAUACCCUAGAACUCCUCCUCAUGAACCGUUACAUCAAACCAGGUCUGAGAAACAACUUGGAAGAAACUGCAUUUGAUAUCGCCAAGAGGACAAGUAUCUAUCACUACCUCUUUGAAAUUGUGGAAGGCUGUACAAAUUCUUCACCUCAGUCUUAACAGUUCUAGUAAUUCUCUUAAGUUUCUAAGUAUUAGUGCCUCUUGUGUGAGAUGUAAAAUAUUCCCCUAAUACAAAGUUGACAUCAAAUGUCUUACUUUGGAAACUUAGUGGCACUAAUUAUAAUGCUCUUCCAAGUGAAUUGCCUGAUCUUGAUGUCAAAAUGUAUUUGAAAGUUGUUGGGAUAUAUCUUUAAUGAUUUCUGUGAAGUUUGUGAUUUUUAUCAGAAAUAAUUUUAACCUGCCUAUACUUAGAAACAUGACACGGGUUGUACAGAACCUAAUGAUAUUUUUGGUGCUGAUCCAAGAGAAAUAUAUUUUUAAAUAUCCCACAUCCUGGAUGUUUGUUGAGUAUUUAGUAUAUUGAUGUAUAUUUUUAUAAGGUGAGAUAACUCAGAAUUGAACUUUAAGGUCUUAAAUAUUCUGGUGCAGUUCAGCUGUAUUCUCUGUAUUACCAUAGCCAGUUGUUUUCAUUUUGAACCAGAAGAACUAACAUAUUAGUAACUUGAAUCUUAAUAAGUUAAAAAAAAACACCAAAAAACCUAGAUCUUUGUCCUUUAGAACAUAGACCAUUUUCAGGAAGCAGUUAGCUAAGUGUUUAAUACAUGAAUGUUGUAUACUGCCUCCCCUACCACAAUUGACACGAUCCUGUGGACAGUCCUACCUCGCCCUGUUCAGCCUACGUGAUCCAUAUUCUAAUGGUGAAUCAGUAUGACCUUUUAGACAUGCACCCACAACUAUACCUUGGUCCAAGAGAUCAUAAUAUAUCUGCUAUCCAACUGGCUUUACCUGCCCAAUCCUGCUGAUUUGAGUAUUGUUCAUAUAGACUCAUGAGUUCACAGGAAAUAGUGAUUUUCCAAGAUCUUCAUUUUAUACAGACCAUACAAAGGCAAAGUGAUAAGGGCAAAGGAAUUCUAAGAGUGAGGGGAUGAUUAUUACAUUGGGGCUAAAAUCAGAAAGUGGCUCAGGCUUAAAAAGAAAACUGUGGAUAGUGACAAAAAGUAUAAAUAUGAAUAUUCAAGAAAAAUAAAGUGUAAGUUUUGAACAAC